UGUCGUUAUGCAAUUUGUUGUUGAUUAUAAAUUAUCAGCGUUUAACUUUUCACGAGAUUGCUUGCUCAGCAUUUAUUUAAUAUUCAAACUCUGUGCUUGGUGAAAGAUAUUAAUUAAAUAACAACAAGAGAGCAUCGUCGCAAAGAAAAUGGUUUCUAGGAUCGAAAAGACAACUAGUAGGUGUACACAAACCGUAACAGAGACGGUGUGCAGGUUCCACCGUACGCCUGUUUCAUGUACGCAUCAAGCCCGUAUCGUUGAAGACAUUCAGCCUACAACUAGCCAUAACAUUCGUCCAACACGUUUUAGGGUAAUGAUGGCGUGCAUGCCACCGUAUGUUCAAAAGCGGUUUAGAAACAUACACACAUCGUGUCUAGUUAAAAACCCGGACCGCUUUGUGGUAUGUAUACCAUGCCAUAGAACUGCUGAUGGUCGGAUGUACUGGACUGGGGGGAUUCAGAAAACAUCCCGAGGCGCUUUGAUACCCCCUUGGCUAGCAACGAUACCUGCUGUGAAAAUUGGUGCUCCAAUGACUUUCAUAUGUGCCCCGAUUGAUGUGUCCAUGAAAAAGGACUGUAAUUUUUAAUAAAAUUAAAAACUCGAAAUAUAUUUUACUUGUAUACCAUCGACACCGAUCACAACACACACUCGUCACCCAUAGUUCUUAUACCCCUCGGCUUCCCAUUCUAUUUGUUCUAGUUACCAAUUUUGAUUUUAAAAAGUCCUUAUGUUUUUACCUUAAAAUGUAAAACACGAAAUUCCUAACAUUGUAUCAAAAUAAUUAAACGUAUGUUAAAAAUUA